CGCCACCCCGGAGAGGAGAGCGGCCGGGCCGCCUGAUCCUUCCUUCCCCGCGCCGCCGUUCGCCGGCAUUCUGCCGGGAUCGAUGGGUGGUCGAUCGGUCGAUUGCGCCGUGCAGAACGUGUCCCUUGACACGCUGUUCCUCAUCGUCAUCCAGGGCGCCGCCGUCGUCGUGCUCGGCAAGUUCAUCCACCUCUCGCUCCGGCGGCACAACCUGCCCAGCGCCAUCUCCCAGAUCAUCGCGGGGGUCGUGGUGGGUAGCCUCGGCCUGCACGAGAUGAUCGUUCACGUCGACGUCGAGAACGUGGAGGACACGUACGGGUGGUACGUCUCCGAGGCGCGCAUCUUCUACAUCUUCUACGUCGGACUGGAGGCCGACCUCGCCGCGCUCUGGAACGACAUGCACCGGUGCACCAUCGUCACGUACGCGAGCGUGGCCACCUGCCUGCUCCUCGCGGCGUUCGUCUCCGGCGGAAUAUACGGCAGCAUGAUGCACACCCCCGUCAGGUCGCCCGAGCUGCUGGCCGCCGUGCUCAUGCUGACGCUGGCCAACACCGCCUCCGUCGACGUCUCGCGGAUGGCCGCCGAGCUCAGGAUCACGGCCACGGGCGGCGGCCGGCUCGCCGUCGCCACGGCGAUCGCGACCAACAUCAUCUGCAUCGUCGGGGAAGGGGUAUUCUCGUGCAUGAAGCUGGCUUCCAGCAGGACGCCGGGGUACAGCGCGUCGGAGCGGCUGGGGAUGGGCGUGCUGGCGCUCGUCAAGGUGGGGGUCGCCAUGGCGGUGCUCCGGCCGGUGGUGGCGUUCAUCAACCGCCGCAACGCGGGGCGGCACCGCAUCGGGAACUGGGAGCUGGUGCUGCUGCUCGUCGCCGUCUCGUUCAUCGGCAACUACCCGGAGCACGCGGGCUUCGACGGGGUGCCGGCGAGCCUCCUGCUGGGGCUGGCGUUCCCGAGGCAAGGGCCCGCGGCGAGGAGCGUCAUGGACGCGAUCGCCUACCCGCUGCACGCCCUGGCCCUGCCCUUCUACUUCGGCGCCAUGGGCAUGAGGAUAAACUUCGGCGCCAUGUCCGGCGCCAUUGUCGUGCCCGCCGUCCUCCUCACGCUGCUCGGCCUCGUUGGCAAGUGCCUCGGCACCAUGGGCGCCGCCAGGUACCUCAAGAUGCCGCUCGCCGACGCCCUCCGCCUCGGCGUCCUGCUCAACAUCAAGGGCCACGUCAACAUGAUCGACAUGAGCUUCGCCAGCUCGGAAGGGAUCUGGGCGGAGCAGGCGCUCAUGGCGAUGGUCGUCGGUAGCAUCAUUAGCACCGUCAUCGCCGGACCGGUGUUCGCCGUGCUGUUCCGCAAGGAGAAGGAGGCGUACGCGUGCAGCGACCAGGCACUCGAACACCUCCCGCCGGACAAGGAGCUGCGCAUGCUCGCCUGCGUGCACAGCGCGCGAGGUGCGCCGGCCAUGCUCAGCCUCCUCGAGCUCCUGGCGACGACGCCUCGCGCGCAGCCCACCAUCCACGUCCUCCACCUGUUCGACGCCGGUCGCAAGCAAGUCGGCCCCAAGCGCUACCACCAGCGGGUCCAGGACGACGACAAGCACGUCGACCGCCGCAUCGACGACGCCACCCUGGUGAACUGGGCCGUCGACGUGUUCACCUCCGUCACCGGCCUCUGCAUCCGCCAGGUGGACGUCGCCGACCGCGGCGCCGCCGUGAACGCGAAGAAGAUCCGCCGCCGCAUGAAGGACGUCCACGCAGGCCUCCUGCUGAUGCCGUACCACAAAGAGCAGCGCUACGACGGCAAGAUGGUCUCCCGCCGAGACGACCGCUGCCAACUCAACCGCGAGCUGCUCGAGCUUGCCCCGUGCACCGUCGGCAUCUUCGCCGACCGCCCGUUCUGGAGCGGCGGCGCCAGCUUCCAGCUUCCGACCAAGAUAUCAAAAUGCGAUGAGACGACGGCGAGGAGCCAAGGCGACCAGAAGGUGGGGACCCGCGUCGCCGCCGUCUUCCUCGGAGGCCCCGACGACCGCGAGGCGGUGGCGUUCGCGUGCCGCCUCGCCAAGAACGACGUCAUCAAGCUGACCGUAAUCCGCUUCGUGCUAGGCGUCACGCAGGACAUCGCCAGCGAUGACCGUCGCGCCCCGACGACAAGCACCGACCACAGCUACGACAGCGGCGAUGAGAUACUCUCCGUCGUGGUCCACGACGACGCCGGCGAGAGAGACGACGACCCCGACGACCGCUGCAUGUCGGCGUUCCGCCGCGAGUACGUGGCGAAGGAGCGCGGGGAGUACGUGGAGAAGGCCGCGGGCGGGCCGGCGGACGUGGCGGCGGCGCUGCGCGGGACGGCCGUCGAGUUCGCGCUCGUCGUGGUGGGGCGCGGCGGGCGGCAGCCGCCGGAGUUCGUCGUCGGGCUGGACGGGUGGGCCGAGUGCGCGGAGGUGGGCCCGGUCGGUGAGAUCCUCGCGUCGCACGACUCGCUCGAGAUGGGCUCCGUGCUCGUCGUGCAGCAGAAGACGCCGCCGCCGGCGAUCUGACCGACACGCUACGACACUACGUAAUCAAAUCAGUGUAAACUUCGAGGAUUACUAUAGCUGUGCAUAUUUAGAGCUUAGAAGAGUAGAUCAAAUUUUGUAAUCGAGUCUUUAAAAAAAACAACAACGAAAUAAUCAACAAAAGCAACGACCA